AAUUUAAUUUAGGGGGGCUAAUUCAAAGUCAGCCUUACUAGUUUAGACAAUUAUGUUUAUAAUUAGGAUUGAGUUUAAAUUAAAAAAUAUCAACUCAAACUUAAUUAAGAUUGAGAUUAGGUUGAGGUGUCAUCAACCCAAACCUGAAUUUUAAUAUCUUUUAUAUAUUUUUAUUUAAAAUAUAUUUUUUAUAUAUUUUUAUUUAUGAUCACUUUUUUCAUUUUUUUUUUGUUUAAAUAUUAAUUUAUUGCAUACUACACUUUAGAGACAUUUUUUUAAAAAUUUGUUUGUAAUUUUUUUUUUAAAUCCAUUAAUUUAUUUAGUUAAAAAGAAAAAAAAAAUGAAAAAUAAAAAAUACAUGGUUGUGUCUAUAAUUCGAGAAAAGAGAAAUCUAUAAAAUAGUUUUGUGCUACCAUAAAGCUCUUUCAUUUUCCACAUCGUUGUAAGAAGAACCAUUCACCAAUGGAUGGGUUUCUUGAAGUCAAUGGCAGAAUUCGAAACGUUGCAGAAGCAGCUCGCACUGUCUCUUCUGAAGAGUCCACAAUCAAUCAAAACGCUGAACCACCUAAAAUCCCUCCAUGUCUGGCUUCUUCGAACCGGUCUCCACCAAAGCAACUUCGCAGUAGGGAAUUUCGUGGCCCAUUGUGCAACUUUGAGCCUCAUGAACUACGCAGUCCAAAUAUUCGAUGAAAUGCUCGAACCAAACUCUUUCGUCUGGAACACCAUGAUCAGAGGUUUCCAACAAAACCAAGAACCCAGAAAUGCACUGUUGUGCUUUGAUCGUAUGCGGGUUCGAAGAGUUCAACCAGAUCGUUUCACGUUCCCAUUCGUGAUACGGGCUUGCGCUGACCUGAAGGAUGUUUGGAAAGGGUCAUGUAUUCACGGGCAAAUUUUCAAAUUUGGGCUCGAGUUGGAUGUAUUCAUUGGUACAAGAUUGAUUGAUUUUUAUGGUGGUUUCGGGGAUAUGAAGGUGGCGGAACAAGUGUUUGAUGAAAUGCCCAUUAGAGAUGCUGUUGUGUGGACUGUCAUUUUAUCUGGAUAUGUGAAUCAAUGCGAUGAUAUGGAAAGAGCACGGGAAUUGUUUGAUAAGAUGCCCAUUAAGGAUCUUGUGGCGUGGAAUACAAUGAUUGGUGGGUUUUUGAAAGUUGGGAACAUUGAACUUGCUAAGUUGUUAUUUGAUCAAGCUCCCAUUAAAGAUUUAUUGAUGUACAAUAUGAUGUUAGGUGGCUAUGCAAAGCAUGGUGAGGUUGAGGUUUUGUUGCGGUUUUUCCAUGAUAUGCCCAAGAGAGAUUUGGUAUCUUGGAAUUCAGUUAUCGGAGGGCUAGUCCAUAAUAGGAGGAUCAAUGAAGCAAUGAAGCACUUUCACCUUAUGCAGAUGGAGAAUGUGAAUCCCAAUGAAGUGACCUUAGUGAGUGUUAUCUCUGCUUGCGCCCAUGUGGGAGCACUAGAGAUGGGGAAAUGGUUGCACUCCUAUGUCGACAGGAGCAAUCUCAGUUGGAACGUUGUGGUUGGGACUGCUUUAGUGGACAUGUAUUCCAAGUGUGGUGACUUAGAGAGUGCUGAAUAUGUAUUUGAUAAGAUGUUAGAACGCGACGUUGUAGCUUGGAAUGCAAUGAUCAUGGGAUUUUCAAUGAAUGGGAAAAGUAAAAAUGCCUUGGAGUUCUUCUAUCGGAUGAAAGGUGAAGCUGUGAGGCCUAAUGAUGUAACCAUUCUUGGGGUUUUGUGUGCAUGUGUGCAUGAGGGCUUGGUAUCUGAAGGACGGAAGUGCUUUCGUAGUAUGUCCCAAGAGCUUGGCUUAGUACCUAAGUUAGAGCAUUAUGGUUGCAUGGUUGAUCUCCUUGGUCGAGCUGGUUUGCUAAAUGAAGCUUACGAGUUAAUCCAAGCUAUGCCUCUUGUGCCACACACUGGGGUCUGGGGUGCAUUACUUGGUGCAUGUAAGAUCCACGGAAAUGUGGAGCUUGCCGAGCGUGCAAUUGAACACUUGAUUCAACUUGAUCUUGAAGAUGGGGGUUACCUAUCUAUUAUGUCCAAUAUAUAUGCUAAUGCAGGAAGGUGGGAUGAUGUUGCUAAAGUGAGGGAAUUGAUGAGAGACAAAGGGAUUGGCAAGUUACGGGGGUGCAGUUCCAUCGAGAUUAAUGGUGAGAUACAUGAAUUCGGAGUGGAGGAGAAGAUUCACCCUCGAGCCAAAGAAAUUAAUGGUAUGAUAGAUGAGAUAUCCAAGCGUUUAAAGAUGGCAGGCCAUGUUGCUAGCACAAAUGAGGUGUUUUUUGAUGUGGAGGAGGAGGAAAAAGAGAAGGCUCUAUAUUUUCACAGUGAGAAGAUGGCUGUUGCAUUCGGACUUAUUGCCACUGAAAAGGGCACUGUCAUUCGGGUAGUGAAGAAUUUGCGUAUUUGUUCUGAUUGUCAUGCUGCUAUAAAGCUGAUUUCUGGGAUUUUUGAAAGAGAAAUAGUGGUUAGAGAUCGUAGUCGAUUUCACCACUUCAAGGAGGGUUCUUGUUCCUGUAGAGAUUAUUGGUAACUAAGACGGUGGAAUGGCACAAAACCAACCAACAUAUGUCACAAAGCAUUCUGGUUAUGUUACCCCGUCUAUGAGAAAUUUCUUACUCUUAACCAUUCCAACAAACCAUAAUCUGUGUUUGUGAGGUUACUGAUUUUAUUUUAUUUUAUUCCUCACUGCAACUAAUUGACGUUUUUUCUCCUAAAAUGUUAGUGCUAUGGUUGAUUAAAAUUGGAAUUAUAA